AUGGCAGACAGCGCUCCUAACAUAGCCGCAAAAGAACAUCGCGAGUCGAUCUUCUUUAUCGCCAGGAAGGCCUCCACAUUGGCCAGUCAAAAAGCAGAAAGCAAGCACUUCAUUGUUCUCACAGGCGCUGGAAUCUCGACAUCUGUAGGAAUUCCUGAUUUCCGCAGUUCCGACGAUAACUGGGCCUUGAGAGCCCAGAGCAGAACGCACACCAAGCAGACGAACACAUUGAGAGCAGUUCCAACACUCUGGCACAUGGCACUUGUAGAGCUACAGACUGCCUGCAUAGACAGAGUGAUAGAAUCCCUGAGAACUAUGCGUGAAAUGUGGCAAGGAGUAUCUCCGAGUCAAAAAUUCCGCGCAGUUUCAGAUUAUAUGAAUGGAAUUCACGACCAUCGCACAAAUCGAAAAUUUGUCUGCGGGGGCAAGCUACACGACACGAUUAUUAAUUUUAGAGACAGCCUUCCAGUGAAACCUCAGAGAUUAGCAUUCAAGCACUCUCAACAAGCGGAUUUAUGUCUUGUGCUGGACCAUUACAAUGAGCCAAACCUGGAGCUUACUCACAUGUAUAAAGGGGAUGGUGGAGAGACUUAUCUUUUGGAUUACAACCCGCAGACUAGAGAGUGGACGGUUGAUACAUGGGAUGAGGGCUUGUUCACUAAGGUACUAUGUGUCAUUAAAUAUAAUGCAAGAAUGUGUACUCUUUUCAUCGACUUUGAAAACCAUGGGCUUUGA